AUGAAAGAUUAUACAACGGCAUUGACAUAUUAUCAAAAAGGAUUAGAAAUACGUGAAAAUAAACUACCAAAAAAUCAUCCUGAUUUAGCUGUAGUAUAUCACAAUUUGGGGAAAUUAUAUUUAUCUACUCGACAAUAUAAUAUGGCAAUGAAAAAUGUUCAACAAGCCGUAGAAAUUGCUCAAGAAAAAUUACCUUCAAAUCAUCCACAUAUUUUGGAAUAUAAAGAAACAUUUGAAAAAAUUCGAAAGAAAAUGUAA